AUGUCGACCAACGAUAACACCUCCACCCUCAAGGCAGCUAUUGACUCCGUCUCCGGCGCCGCGCAGAAUGUCCUUGGUAGCAUCACUGGCAGCAACGCCGACAAGGCCGAGGGUCAGGCGAAGCAAGACAAGGCAUCGGUCGAGCACGAUGCAUCCCAGGCGACGGCCAAGCUUCCUGGUUUCACUGCCUCAUCCUCCGGUGCCGUCACCAAGGACAACGAGGACCGAACUAGCGGCUCUUACAAUCAGACUAUGGGUUCGGCUAAGGAGUUCGUCGGUGGACUGACUGGUAGCACCGGACUCCAGUCUGCCGGCCGCCAACAGAACAAGGAGGGCCAGGAGCAGGAGGCUGCCGGUCAGGUCAAGGACUACGCUAGCGGCUUCAGUGACCGAGUCACCGGCACCGUAGGCAGCGCCGUGUCUGGUCUUGCUGGCAACAAGUCGGCCCAGACCGAGUACGACCUGCAGCACGCUGAGGGCAAGACCCAGCAGCGCGGUGCCGAGCACGACAUCACGAAGAAGGCUGAUGCCGAGGCUGCCGCUGCGCAUAAGUAA